AUGACCGAAUUUAUAAAUGCAGAAGAAACAACUCGCCAAGAAAUCGAUGUAUUGGUAUCAGCUAUCCGUCAAAUCGACACGAAUAUGGAAUCCAUUGAAAAAACAUGCUGUAAGAUCGAUGCUCGUGAUACAUUCGUUUUCAUAAAGAAACUGACUGAAAAUGAGCUUGACCUGUUAACACUUUCUCCUUCUUAUAAAACAGUUGCUCGUCGUGGAACUACUUUUAUCUCACUAACUAUCAGUGAUCAACGCAUAUUGAUGCAUCAGGAUCCAAAGUUAUGUUUAUACGAUAGAAAUAUGAAUCAAGGGAAACAAAAUAAAUGGAUUGACAAGGAAUUGUGGGAUAUGUGUUGGUCGCAUGGAAUAGAGAAAUUUAUUAUACUUGGUGUAAAGAGCAUCUUUCUUUUGGACGAACAUUCAAUGUCCAUCGAUCAUGUUUAUACAAUUAAAGGUCGAAAGUGGCUAUCAUGUACAUGUUCUAAUCAACUUCUCUAUGCAUCCACAAAUAAAUGGGGCCCGUCGAUCAUGAAAUUCACUUUAUCCCCCACGAUGCAAUUAAUUAAGGAAUGGAAACAUCCUGUCUCAUGUACUGAAGAUGAAAUUAUCUAUGAUAUGCUUCAUAAAAAUGUAGAUCUUGCUUUGUUGGUUGACUUCAAUCUUGAUAAAUCACUGCGCAUUGAACUGAGAAGUGUGGAGACGCUCGAUCGCAUUUGGUCACUUGACUUUGGUAUUACGCGCGUUCAAAAUUUAGUGUUUCAUUUUUUUUCACUCACUCAUAAUGAAUGGGUUGCUGUUGAUUAUCAGAAUCGACGUCUAAUUCAAAUUACAAAGGACGGUAAAAUAAAACAAACCGUUCAAUAUCAGACGAUUCCUCGGCAUGCUAUUGUGGUCGACAUGAAAAAACUAGUUGUGCCAACUGAUAGUGUCAUACAUCUAUAA